CGGGGAAACCCCGCAGCGUGGUUGUGUGUCAGUUUGGCUGAGCCCCGCGGUGGCUGCCGGUGAGGAGACAGGAGACAGGAGAUAGGAGCUAGGAGAUAGGAGCUAGGAGCUAGGAGGUAGGAGACAGGAGGGGGAUGGGCGGCUCUCUGGUGUGAAGCAGCCGACACAGAACCAGAACCAGAGCGGCUCUCUCUCUCUCUGGUGUAAAGGAACCAGAACCAGAACCCUGUACACCACACACACACAGCAGUAUAAACACACACACAUGGAUGUACCCGCCGUGCCGUGGAUGUAUAGCAGCCGGUGAAUGGAGGCAGAGCACCGGGACUGGACCGGGUUUCACUGUCCGCCUCUGCCUGGGAGAGCCUGAGGAGUUUGUUUCCUUCCCCGGGAGAGGGAGCUCCCUCUGCGGGCAGAGGAUUCAGGAGAGUCCGAGGCUUCUGUCCGGGCCUGCUGGUCUGGUGGUUUGAUGUGGGGAUCCUGUGAGGACCCGCUGCUCACCCUCCACAUCCUUUAACCUCCUUUAAACUCGGUUAUUCACGUUAGGAAUGCCUCUUUAGGUCCCCCAUGACCGUGAGCCGUGGGCUACGGCUCGGCGGCGCCCCACCUCUGGAGUGGUCUGUCGCUGUAGUUGGGACCCUGUGAUUCCUCUCCUCACCUCUCCUCCUCCCCCCCCAUCCCAUCCUGUCCCUCCCCGUUCCCUCCCCCUCCUUCCCCUCGUCCCCCCCUCCCACGCGUCGCUGUGCUGGACGUCAUGAGCAUAGUAAUCGCGCUGGGAGUCACCACACCUGAAACGUCUUACUCAGAUAUGGCUGCUGGAUCAGACCCUGAGUCAGUUGAAGCAAGCCCUGCCGUGAAUGAAAAGAACUACAACAACCACAGCUGUGGGAGCGCUCAGAGUCAUGGGUAUCGGGGACUACCGUAUGCUAUGCAACAGUCUUCCGUUGUGUGUUGUCAGGAUCACAACUAUGGCGCGCCCCCUCCCCCCACCCCACCCGCCUCCCCGCUCUCCCAAACCAUCAUUCCCCGCAUGGAUCUCAACGGCGUGGUACGCGGCUCCCGCUACCACGAAACUACUGAGGACAACUCGGCCGACAGCGACAGCUCCUCAGAGGAGGACGGGUGUCACUGCAGUCUGACGCCGGACGGCCUGCUCAUCAAAUGUGACAACUGCAGGGGACUCGACAGGAGGAAAGGAGCAGACGGCCAACACAGAAAAACAGAAAAUGUCUCCGGUACAUUGUCUUUUCUGGCUGGAGAGAGCAGCGCCACUGAGAGUGGUGACGAAGAGGUGUCGCCCUCCACCAUCUCUUACACUGCCACCCAGCAUACGCCCACCAGCAUCAAACUCACUGUCAACCGGGUCAAAAGGAGCAAAUCCAAAAAGAGGAAGAAGAGCACAGAGAAGGCCCGUGGAACGCCGAAGGGCAAGAAAGUCAAGGCUUUCAGAGAAGGUUCUCGGAAGUCCAUGAGGAUGAAGAACUCGACGACGGAGGCCAGCGUGUUGGAUGAGAACACGGCGGAGGGCUGGGAGAGCAGGAUCCGCCAGUGGACGGACCAGUACGAUGAGGCUCUGGCCAACCAGUACAGUGCUGAUGUCCAGACGCUCCUCCAGCUUCAUUGUGCCGCCAGCACCGCCGUUUCUAAGGUGGAGGGCGACGCCACAACGCCUCCUUCCGCCACGCAGAUCCAUGCCUCCGUCGACGCCAUGGACACCAUCAACCGCACCGAGCUGGCCUGUAACAACACGGUGCUGGGCUCACAGAUGCAGCUCCAGUUGGGACGGGUAACACGGGUGCAGAAACACAGGAAGAUCCUCCGAGCAGCCAAGAACCUGGAACCUGACACGCUCAUCAUUGAAUAUCGGGGGAAGGUCAUGCUCAAACAACAGUUUGAAGUCAACGGGCACUUCUUCAAAAAACCCUACCCAUUUGUGCUGUUCUACUCAAAGUUUAACGAUGUGGAGAUGUGUGUUGAUGCAAGGACCUUUGGAAAUGACGCCCGCUUCAUCAGGAGGUCCUGUACGCCCAACGCUGAGGUCCGGCAUAUGAUCGCUGAGGGCAUGAUCCAUCUGUGCAUCUACGCCAUCAAUCACAUCACGAAGGACGCCGAGGUCACCAUUGGAUUUGACUACGAGUUCAAUAGCUGUAACUACAAAGUGGACUGUGCCUGCCAUAAGGGCAACCAGAACUGCCCGGUGCAGAAGCACAACCUGAGCCCCAAGGAGAGCCUGCUCAGCACCCCCUCCCUGCCGCCUCCCUCCACUCUGGCCGGUGCCGAGACCCGACGGAGAAAAGCCCGGAGGAGAGAGCUGGAGAGCUGCCUCGCCGGUGACGGCAACCAGACCCUGGACCAGCACCAGGAGGCCAAAGAACUGCAGGGGACCAGUGACGCAGAGGAGAGACUGCUGGAUGAGCUGCAGGUGGAGGAGGGAGAGGAAGGAGAGGUGGAUGAAAAUGGGGUCGCCAUCUCCAGUAAAAGAACAUGUAACAGCCUGGAAAGGAGGCGUAAGAGAGUGGGAGGAGCCGAGGUGAAGGAGGAGGGUGUGGAAAGUGAGGACGGGGCAGGAAACCCUGCUGGGAACACUCCCAUACCCCACAACACUGGAGUGGGGGUCAGCACCCGACGCACCACCUACGUCGUGGAGGCGCCGUCUAUCGAAGAUAAGACCUCCUCACCCACCCUGCCCGCCCCGGUCGCUCCCCCUAAACCCGCACGACCCACCAAGCCUCGGCCUAAAAGUCGGAUCUCGCGCUACCGGUCGAGUUCGUCCCAGCGCGCCCGGCGGCAGCGCCAGGCCCUCGCCCAGCAAGCGGCAGCAGCUGCAGCGGCCGCAGCAAUGGUGGCGACGCCGUCGAUAGCCGAUCAGGGUGCUUCUCUUGACGAGGAGGGACCUCAGGGCCCGUACGGCGCUGAGCACGGCCACGGAGAGAGCGCUCUGGGGGGUCACCUCCUAGACGGAGAUGCUCUGAGCUGCAUAAGUAGAGGCAACCUGCGCUACCCCAAGACCAAGAAGUACCUGGUGACGGAGUGGUUGAAUGACAAGGUCCCCGGAGGGGAGAAGGUCCACCAGGAGGUGCCCGUUGAGCGCCCGCUACGGAUAACCACUGACCCGACGGUGCUGGCCACCACCCUCAACAUGCUGCCGGGCCUCUCCCACUCAUCGCUCAUCUGCACCACGCCCAGACACUACGUCCGCUUCGGCUCCCCCUUCAACCCCGAGAGACGCCGGCCCCGCCCGCUCCAAAUGGACGGCACUUAUGGCUGCUACAAGAAGAGAUGGAUAAAGCAGGUGGAGGACGAGAGCUGUUCAGCCAGUGUGGAGGACGGCACAGAGUCCACCUCCUCCCAGCAAAGCACCAGUAGCAGAUCCACCCCCAACCCACUGUCCGGCGACCUCAACGCACCGUUUAAGAAGCGCCGUUCCAAGUACCUGCCCGAGACGAUACCGGCACCCUCGGACCACCUGCUUCGCCCACUGUCCCCCAUCACGCCGCCGCUCCCGGAGGACUCCCUCCACCCGCCGCUCCACACCCCCUAUGGCUCGCUGCUGCACAACGGCCUUGCCUACUCGCCCAUGCCCUCGCUGCCCGCCAGCCGCUGCAACACACCGCUGCAAUUUGAAAACAUAUCGUCCCCUGAGGCGUCUCCUGUUCACCGAUCGGAGUCCAUCUCUCCGGAGCCGUGUCUUCAGACAGACUUUGACAUCCCUCGGCCUCAGUUCCCCGACCUGUCGCUCCCCUCCAGCCUGGAGAGCCCCGUGGCCGUGACCUCAGAUGACUUUUCCCUUCCCGGAGGCCCUUCAGGCCACGACUCCCAGGGCCCGUCAUCCGUAGGGGCCACUUCCCUAAACCCAGUGUCCUGUCCUCCCUCAGACAGGGAGCAGGCCUUCAGGACAGAGUUCAACCUCAUAUACACCUGCUCGCCCCUCAACGCAAACCUGGGGAACCCCGUGGCCACCGAGCGCCACCUCUCCCAGUCCGAAGGUGGCUUCUCCCCGGCGGAGUCCUUCCACAGCUCCAUCAGCGGCCAGGGGCUGCUGGGAGACGUGGGCGCCGGCUCCAUGUCGCCCUACGGCGAGCCUCAUUAUGGGGGAGGCUACCCGGAUAGCGGCACACCUCCUCACACCAGCAACCCACCACAGAAGAAGAAGAGGGCCAACCAGCAUACCAUUAGUCUGCUGACAGGGAAGCCAGAUUACCAGGCUAUAGCUGUAAGAAGUGAAUACAAGCCAGUUCAAAAUAUGGUGUCUUUGCUGGAGUACCGCAAGAGGAAGCAGGGCAGCGGCCGCGACUCGGAGCUGGCCGGCAGCGGCUCGUCUCUGGGCGGCACCCCCACCCGGCCCGGCUCCCACUACGGCCAGGACUCCCAUCACCCCCACUGCCAUCAGCAGAUGCAGCCGCACAGCUCCUUCUCCUCCUCAGCUCACGCCGCCUCCAUCCCACAGAUAGAGGAGGUCAGUCCUCCGGACCACCAGGGCUCGUUGAGCCAGUCCAGACGCCAGGACAGCAACAACCAGUGGAUGGUCCCCACUACCGUUGAACGUCUACGGGAAGGUCAGGGGGUUCUGGAGCGAGUGCUACGGAGCAUCAAGAUGGAGCGGGUUUACAAGAGGAGUGACGGCUCUACAGAGAAGGAAUCUGAUGCAGAUCGAUACGAGCUGCAGGCAGCGUCCAUGGCUUCCCCCAUGAAGAGUCCUCACAGAUACAGUCCCUCUGUGUACUCACAUCAGUCCUCAGAAAGCCUCCGGCAGACCGACAGCCCGUCGUUCCUCCAGCAGACCUCCAACUCUCCAUUCCGGGGUUCCUACAGUCCCUCAUCAGGCCAGAGCUUCUACCCACGCCACCCUGCAGUGACCCAGGACCACCCUCCAUCCUCCUACCCCAGUCGCACCCCCACCCCCACCUCCUGCUCCUCCUCGUCUUCCUCGUCAGACGCCAGGCCGCUGGCGGGCUCUCUACACCAGCAGAGUGGCAGCAGUAACGUGGACGGAGGCCACGGCUACGGCGGCAGCCACUUAAAAGCGAGUCUUUUGAACAGUGGCGGCCUGGCGGGGACUCCCCCACCGGGCCCCCGGGCCCACGGGCAGACUAAGAUAGACUCGGGCGCCCCCCCGGCCCCCAGAGGGAGUCAGCAGCAGCAGCAGCAGCAGCAGCAGGUGUCUCGCAGCCUGAAGUCGGGCAGCCCGGGCCAGGCGGCGCUGCAGGCCGGCUCCAGGCUGCUGUCGGCCACCGGACCGGCUCACUACCCGCAGCGGGGGACGAGCCUCAGUCAGUUCCAGCACUCCCCCCUCCAGGGACCCGGAGUGAGGACACAGUCAGGAAGCUUUUAGGACCUUGUUCAAGUGUGUGAGUGUAUGUGUGAGUGUGCGUGAGUGUGUGUGUGUGUGUGUGUGUGUGUGUGUGUGAGUGUGUGUGUGAAGCUGCGUACCUCCUCGACCCCGACGGCUGCGGUGAAACGGGGCUCAGGGAGUCUUGGGAGGGGAAAUGUACAGACAGACCUACGAGGAGCGAGGACUUCUUUACGGUUCCCUUAUUUUCUGUCUUUUCUUUAUUUUCAGAAACAAACGGAACGACCACGUUCUGCUCAAAGCUAAUCGAAGCUGAUCGAAGCUGAUCAAAGCUGAUCACUGACUCUGGACUUCAUAAAGGAAUCAGUGGAUGAAAAAGAUAAAAAAUCACAUGUAACUUGAAAUUGUCCCCCGUGGUUCCUCGUCAUGUGCCGGACUGUGCAAACGGGCUCUAUAAUGUCGGAAAAGUCAAAACUUCCACACAAAUGUCUGUACAGAGUUCUAAAAGAAGCCGUACCUGUCGCCGUGGUAACCAGGUUGGAUAAAUGCUGAGAUGGAACUGAAAGCAUUUUUAUUUUAUUUUUUCUUUUGUUACUUUUUUUUGUUUGUUGAUUUGGCGAGAGGCCGGGUCUGUGCUGCAGGAAACCAGAGUUUGAUUUGGAUAAAGGGGGGACGAUGCGAGCAGAGCCGAGGCGUUAAUCAUCCGUUCUAAAGAUGCAUUAGAGAGGCGGGGGGGCGGGGGGGGCGGCGGGGACACCUUCAUUCCACACGCCAGCUUCCAAACAUGACGACAUCUUCUCUCACGUUCACUUCUGUUCUGGUUCUGUUCUGUUCUCUCUCACCCCCACUGGACUGUCUCUGUCUCUGACGUCUCCUCCGGACGCCGGCGCUGUAGAUCUCUGAUAUUAUAUAAUUAAUAUAAUAUAGAACUCUCAUAUUGUAAUUGAGACUUGAGACGUAAACCGGUCUUAUGAUUCAUGGUGCUGCAUUCUUGUUUUUGUUUUUUUUUUUCAAUAAAUUUGAGAUCCAGUUCUGUUCCCCACACGGCUGCAUUCAUCUUGUCAUAAUAUCAGUUUGAUUUUCCUCCAGAUUGAUAUGAAUCAUAAAUAAAUCUGACAGGAACUUUCUUUCUUUCUUUAAAUGUUAAUAUGUAUGUUGUUUUCUGACCAAUGGUCUCAUUCCGUGUGACAGCGAUGGAAACCAGUGAAGGGAUCUCUGGGAGCGUUUAGAGGUAAAACACAAGCUGCUAUGUUCCCCCCCACAGAAUGCUGUAUUUUUAUUUUGAACUCAUAAACUGACGCCACCUGUAAGACAGAAACAGACGGUUCUCCGGACCUCAAACCGACAUUAAGCUGACCGCCUCUCCUCCUCUGACUCUUUAUUUUGGACCGGACGUGGACGCGUUUGUGUGGAAGACUUCAAGGACCGAGGAGGGUCCCGGUCUUGAGACUGGACCCCCCCAUCCCGCCCCCCCACAGGAAGGGUACUCAUGUUACAUGAAUGUCUGACAGAUUGAAAAACCCAAAAUUAACCAGCACCUUAAAAAGAAAGAAGACACAACAGGACAAUAUUUAUGAUUCUGUGUACUUGUAUAGAAAGAAAUGUGAUUAUAGACUUUGUAUGGAGAAAAUAUAGUACACUGAAUUUACCGCAUGAUAUUUGUUUUUAGGGUCCGAGGUGGUUGGAAGCGAAUCAUCGGGUCUGUUCCGACAUUAAAACCAGACGCUGCGUUCUCUCUCGUUCUGUUUUGUAAAAGAUGGUUCUGUUGGGUUUCUUUUAUUUUUACACAGAUCAUAGUAGUAACUAUUUCAAUUGUCCCCCCCACCCCCAAAAAAGGUUUAAGAAGCAAGAGAUGUAAUGCAUUUUGAUAAUAAAAUAAUCAUGAUGGUAAUGUAUUUUGAGAAACUACCAUUGUGAUGUUUCAUUUGAGGGA